AUGUUUGUAUUGUCCCUUAGAGAAAACAAGAGGUUGCUGAAGAUCCCUGAGCUGAUUGAAUAUCAAGUGACCCUGGAAGAUCUGAAAAAACUAAAUAUAGCCUUUCAGAGUAAUGAGCAAAUAGAACAACUGUUCAUGAAAAUAGACUGUACGGCGACUGGUGGAAUUCAGUGGGAUGACUUCUGUACCUACCUACAGUUAGAGUAUUCAGAACAGGCCGACGCAUUGGCCCGGCAGAAAGAGGUUUACUUCACCAUGCCUGCAUUGUCACAGGGGCUGUCUCACAGUGGGCCUGUCCUUCGCAUUUUCUCUCUGCCUGAUGAUACCUUAAUCAUGAUGGGAGAAGAUGGAGUCAUUUCUUUCUGGUCUCCACAGCUGACAUUGAAAAGAAGAAAGCUGGUUUUCGACAAAGCCGUCAACCGGAAAUCUAAGUGGGUGACAGAUUUCAUAAGCAUGCCACAGUAUAACAAACUGAUCAUUGGGACUGGAGACCGUGAGAUCCAGCUGUAUGAACUCUCUAAUCUGGAACCUUAUUGUCAGAUUCGUGGCUUGGAUAGCAUCCCUCUGAAGCUGGACUACUGUUACGUGGAUCCUGACAAAUGCUUGAUUUUGUACGGUGAUGACCAGAAUGUGCUGGUAGCAAUAACUGGCUGGCUCGCCCAGCCUGUCACAACAGGGGCUGCUCACUUGAAAAUACGCAAGCGCCUGACACACAACAGAACCUGGAAGAAGCUACCUCCAGUCGAAAACAUGCCAACUGUUAAAAUUGGCAGUGCAGUGAGUUCUCCCAAUGUCAAAUAUGUUCGUUGGAAAGUGCAUGAAGAUUGGGUGACUCAGUUGAACUACUAUGAUUCCAUUCAAGCCGUCAUUUCUGCCUCUAUCCACGAGCCCACUGCUCUAGUGAUAGGGUGUACCACUGGAACAACAAACGUUGAGCAAAAGAUGAAGGAAAUAAAAGAUGUUAAGAAAGAUGGAAAAGUAAGAAAAUGGCACCAAACAUCCCUUGGUCUGCCCCAGAGGCGAGCAGAUGGCGAUCAGACAGUUUUCCGAGUACAUAAAGGAGUCAAAGCAUUUUCCUUCUGUAAAAGAAACAACUUGCUACUAACUGGUGGAAUGGAUCGAAUAAUUCGAAUCUGGAACCCUUAUGUUCCAAGAAAACCAACAGGCAUGCUGAAAAGCCACCUUGCUCCAGUGUUUUACCUCCACAUAGCAGCAGAGGAGAAAAGAAUAUUUUCGAUGUCCACUGACAAUACAGUCAAGAUCUGGGAUCUCAAGAACCACAACUGCUUGUUCUCUGCCUGCCCCAAAGCCAGCGGCAUCCAGGGGGAGCUUACAGCUUGUCACUACCUGUCCAACAUCAAAGCUCUGUGUGUUGCCACAGAUUCUGUCUCUCUCCUGCAUCUAAGGAUGAGAGCUCGCCCUGAGCCUCACCUGGUGGUUUCUCAUAAGGAGCCUGUAGUGUGCUGCAGAUACAACAAGACAUUUGGACAUGUGGUUAGCUGCUCGGAAGGGUCUGUGAUUAAAGUAUGGGAUUUUGAAACAGGAAUGUUGUUGUCUGAAUUUAUUGGAGCUCAUGGCAAUGCAGAAAUCACCUGCCUGACUUUUGAUUCCAGUGGGAGAAGGCUGGUCACUGGUGGCAGAGAUGGAUGUUUAAGAAUCUGGAACUACAACAAUGGGCACUGUCUGAAAACUCUGACCCAAGAUGAAAAGCACAAUGAAGUCUGUGACUGUACCUAUGUGGAAGUAUAUCAGAAUAAGUACAUCAUAGCUGUGGGAUGGGACCGAAGAAUAAACAUGUAUUUUGAUUCUCCUCAUGACUUCCAUCACUUCUGGAAGCCUCAGCCACAUUGGCCAGAUGAUCUAAGCCAGGGACAUAAGGACGAUAUUUUAUGUGUGGUUCAGUGCCCACCUUCUCUUCUUGCCACCUCCAGUUAUGAUGGGGAAAUUAUAAUUUGGAAUAUGAUCUCAGGACACAUGUAUUGCAAGCUAAACACACCUGUCCUUACUAACCACUCUGAAGACUCAGAAGGUACGUUUAAGGCAAAGCCCGACAGAAGUGUUUCUCAUCUCACAUUCCUAAAGACCCGUGCAGCCAAAUUUGAAUCAAAAGCUGCUUCUCUCAUUUCCAAUGGACCCCAAGGUUCUGUUAUCUUCUGGAGUCUAUUCAGUGGGGCUCAGCUCAUAGCCAGCUUCAUACCUUCCAGAGGAAAAUCCCAGAUCAGCAGCAUUGUGGUGACAACAGGAGACACCUGUGCCUAUGUGGCAGACCAUCUGGGUUAUGUGUAUAUCUAUGACAUCAAGGAAUAUGCCCUUGAGGGACCUGAGCAAGAACCACCUAAAAAUGUCAAGUUCUGGCGAGCCCAUGUUAAUGCAGUCACAUCCCUAGAGCUGAUAGAGAAGGAAAAGGCUCUCUUGUCUUCCUCCGUUGACUGUACAGUUCGUCUAUGGAGCAUGGAUGGAGAGUAUAUAGGGACUUUUGGGCAGAGUGAGCUCUGGGAUGUUUUUACAUCUGCCUCCUGGAAGCAUCCUAUGGUGCCGUAUGAAAUCCUGAUGGAUCCACAGAGUAUGCCAGUCCAUCAAGUGUUAGCAGAAGAUGUUUCAGCUUUACAAAUUGAUCGUGUGGGGGAAGACAAAAUGAUUCAGGAGAAAUCCAGUGCCAAGGCUGAACAGACUUUGGACCUCAACAUCCAUGAAGAUCCUCCCACAGAUCUUGAAAUAAAAAAAGAAAUUAACACGCAAGCUCCUCCGCAAAUUAGGUUGCCACAAGCACAGACCAAGAAUUCCAACAGACCAUUUAACCCUGGGUGGCCCAACGCCUAUCACACACUUAAAUGUCAUGAGAUUGCCAAUAUUCCACCUAUAGGAAGAAAACCAGAUUUGUCUGUUAUUGGUACAGACUUUUUUUAA